AAAAAAUUCAAAAUCCUUCUACUAGAUAAAUUUCCUAUUUUCAUAUUUUGAUUUGAGAUAUCUGAAGAGUACAGUCUAUGUUGUUACGUGACUGCUUCCAUAAAUUGAAUUUUGUGGAACUUUCAUUUCUCUUUAUCAUCUUCACUUUUCUUCUCUUUCAAUCAUUCAGAAAUACUUUCACUCACAAAACUCUCUGAAACCACAUCCUUUGUUUCCUUCGGUUUGCGCCUUACUUGCCCUGUCACAAACCUCUCGGAAACUAGUUCCCCUGAUUUCUUCAGUUAGCACCCUGGUUGCCCUGUUACUUUCUCUGUUUUACUUUCUUUAUUUCAGAAUCUUUUUGCCCUAUUUCUAAUUCUUUAUUUUCAAUAUUUCUGAUUUCUUCAAAAAAAAAAAAGCCUUUUUUGCUUUCGGUUAUUUCUCGAUUACAAGAAAGAAUUAUCAUUUCUCGUAUUUAUUGUUAAUUUCGGCAGUUGUAUUUUAAUUAUUUUCAUUUUCUUUACUUCUGUUUUUCAAACCUGAAAAAAGUUUAAAAAAUGGUUGAUGUUGCCGGGAGUAUCGGGAGUGUAGUGAGUCCUGUCCUUCAAGUUGGCCCUUCGAUUUGGUGUCAAUUUAAGUACUUGCUCAACUACAAUACCAACUUUGACAAUCUCCGAAAGGAAGUUAAUAACCUGAAGAAUGCAAGAGAUGAAGUUCAGCGUAAGGUUACAAAUGCUGAAAGAAAUGUGGAAGAGAUCAAACAGAACGUUAAGGAUUGGCAGAAGAAUGUGAAUAAGACCAUUACUGAAGCAGAGCGGCUGAUUACAGAGAUGUGCAAGAGAUGUGCAAGAGACCAUUACCGUAUGGUUACUGAAGCUGAAAGAAAUGUGCAAGAGGUCGAACAAGAGCUUAAGGAUUGGCAUGUGGAUAAGACUAUUACCGAAGCGGAGCCGUUGAUUCAAGAGAAAGCAAACAACCGGGGAUGUUUCAAGGGAUUUUGCCCCAACUUCAUCUUUCACUACCAACAAAGCAAGAAAGCUUUUAAAUUAAAGUGGGAUGAUAUUGAUCUACUUCUCCAGAAAGAAAAGGAAUGGGAUACCAUUUCCAAUCCUCCACCGGAUCUCCUGCCUAGACCUAAUAAAGAUUAUGUGGCUUUUGAAUCAAGAAACUCCAUUGUGACGAAUGUGUGGGAAGCUUUAAAGAAUGAGAAUGUGUACAUGGUGGGUGUUUAUGGGAUGGGUGGUCUUGGGAAGACCACGCUUGUGCAGGAACUUCGUAGGAAAGCCACGGAGGAGAAAAAGCCCUUUACGGAGAUUGUAUUUGUGGAGGUUUCAGAAUCUCCAGAUGUAAAGAAGAUUCAGACAACAAUUGCAGAGGAAUUGGGUCUGGAAUUCAAACAAGAAAUAAAAAUGGCAGAUAAGAUAUAUUCAAGAAUGAAGGACAAGAAUAUUCUUCUAAUUCUAGAUAACAUUUGGGAACCUCUACAAUUUGAGCAGAUAGGAAUUCCUUACGAAGAUGAUCGUGGAAGAAAUAAACUUUUGUUCACAACAAGAGAUUUAAAUGUGUUGAAUGAGAUGGGUUGUACAAAUAAUUUCAGGAUGGACAUUUUAAAUGAAGAAGAAGCUUGGACUCUAUUCACCAAAAUGGCAGAUCUCUUUGCAGGAAAUAUUAUUCAAAAACAUGAAUUGCAUUCUCUACAAAACGAUGUAUGCAAGGAGUGUGGAGGAUUACCUCUUGUCAUUAGUGCAAUAGCUAAAGCAUUAAGAAACAAGUGUAAUCCAUCUGAUUGGAAGUGUGCAUUACAAGAAUUGAAAGGACUUUCAGAAGUAAAGUAUACAAGAUUCCUUGAAAAGGAAUAUAUGAAGAUUGCCUUAAGUUACAAAUAUUUAAGUGAUGAACUUAAGAAAACGUUUUUAAUUUCUAGUCUAAUGGAAAAUAAUACUUCCAUUUCAGACUUUUUCAGACAUGUUGUGUGCCUGAAUAUACUUGGCGGAGUUAAUUUGACAAUGGAAGGCGCACGAGAUAGACUAGAUAAAUUGGUUUAUGACCUCAAAGAUGCUUGUUUGUUACUUGAUGGGUUCGAAAACGACCAAUUUGCUAUGCAUGAUGUUAUUCGUGCUGUUGCCAUAAUAUUUGCACAUGAGGAGUACCAUGUGUUUACAACAAGAAAUGAUGUUGAACGAGAUUGGAAGGAUAAAGACAAACUCAAGAAAUGCACGAAGAUCUCUUUACCUGGUAAAAGUACUAUUAUUAGUCAACUUUGGCCUAACAAUUUGGAUUGUCCAAAUCUUGAAUAUUUAUAUAUGACUGAUAUGUGGAACUCUUCUUUUAAAAUCCCGGAGGGCUUUUUCACGGUGAUGCCAAAGCUUAGAGUAUUGAGUUUGGUUAGACCAUGGCUAAUGUCAUUGCCAUCAUCAAUUCAUCAUUUGACAAACCUUCAAACAUUGUGUUUAGAUAACAGCAACAUUAAAGGUGUUACUGUUAUUGGAAAGCUUAAUGAGCUAAAGGUCCUUAGCUUGCGAGGUUCUCACAUUAAGGAGUUUCCCACGGAAAUGGGUCAAUUAACUCAACUAAGAUUGUUAGAUUUGAGUUAUUGCUAUUAUUUGAAAGUUAUUGCUCCAAAUGUGAUAUCAAAAUUAUCCAAUUUGGAAGAACUUUAUUUGAAGAAGUGCCCUAUUCAGUGGGAAAUUGAAGUACUUAGGGAAUUGAAACUCUUGUCUAACCUCACCAGUGUAGAAUUGGAUAUUGAAAAUCACAGGGUUUUGCCUGAAGACUUCUUUUCUAGAGAGCUUAUCAGGUACAAAAUAUCAAUAGGAAAUUGGAGGUACAACUAUCCAACAAUUGGUGAACAAGAGUGUUUGAGGAUAUUGAAAUUGAUAUUCAAUCCUACCAUCCAGUUAGAAGAAUUAUGUGGAAUCAAGAAUGUUGAACUCUUAUGCUUUGGCGAAUAUUUAGAUGAUGAGGAUGAGGACGAUCUUGAGCAUUCAAAAUUCAAUUUGCAGUCCAAUGAAAUGACACCGCUUUUUAACAAAAAGGUUAUCUUUCUUGAUUUAAAAGUCUUCAGAUUGAAGAAUAUUAUUUCUAGAAAGAUUUGGGACAACCAACUUCCAUCUUCCUCCUUUCAAAAUUUGAAAGAAUUGACAUUGUGGAGAUGUACAAAGAUAAAAUUUGUGUUUCCUUAUACCAUGACCAAAAACCUCCAGCAACUCCAAUAUCUUGAGAUAAAGGAUUGUAUUGAUUUAGAGGAAAUUGUUGCUACAGAAGAAAUAACAGAAGCAGCUGCCAGUUUUGUCUUUCCGCAAGUAACCGUAAUAAAGCUUGGAAAUCUACCAGAACUUGCAACUUUCUGUCGUGGAAUACAUACUUCAGAAUGGCCGAAGUUGAAAAAGUUGGCGGUGAAAGAUUGUGACAAAUUUAAGUUGUUCAAUUCAGAACCAAAGUCUUUGUGCUUGGACCAGAAGAUCAACCAUGAUUUGGAGAUAUUUCAAUUACAAAAUGGUUGGGAACACAUUAUUUGGGGAAGUCAAUCUAAAGAACUUAAAAUCUUCUUUUAUGAGUCGGCGUAUAUUCCACUUUGGCUCCUUCAAAGAUUUGAAAAUCUUACAUGUCUUUUUGUUGACGAUUGCAAUAAGUUGGUUAACUUAACAACACUUUCAACAGCUAGAAGCUUAGUGCACUUGAGAGAACUGAAUAUAUCAUAUUGUGCAAUGCUGAUGGAAAUAUUAGAAACUGAGGAAGAUGCAACAACUGAAAUUGUUUUUGAGAAUUUGAACAAACUGUCAUUUGAUAGGAUGAAAAGUCUUAUGUGUUUCUGCUCAGGGAAUUACACUUUCAAUUUCCCAUCAUUGGAAAAGUUAAACAUAGCAAAUUGUCCUAAUAUGAUGACCUUCUGUAGAGGAAUCUUGAGCACUCCAAAGUUACAGAAAAUCAGUUAUGAGAAAAUGAAAGUAGAGAAUGAUGGGAAUGAUCUUAAUAAAACUAUACAAGGAUUAUAUAAAAAGAAAAACCAGGACAUUUCUCUUGAUUUGAAUUUCAAGUGCAAGGCAUUCCACCAUGAUAAUUCUAUGGAGAUUGGCUACAACCAACAUUCGACUUCCUUCUAUCAAAAUUUGACAUACUUGUUCUUAUGGAAAUGUAGAAACAUAAAAUAUGCGUUUCCAUCUUCUAUUGCCAAAAGCCUCCACCAACUCCAACAACUAGAGAUUCAAAAUUGUCAGGCUUUAGAGGGGAUUGUUGCAAAAGAAGAUGGAACAAAUACAAUUGUUGAUUUUGUCUUUCCAAAUAUAACCUUAUUGGGGCUUAAAGAUCUACCAGAACUUACGACCUUCUACCCUGGAAUAUAUACAUUAGAAAUGCCAAAGUUGAAAGUGUUCGUGGUGAAAGAUUGUACCAAAAUUGUGAGCUUAAAAGAAAACAAUGUGGAGACUAAGCCUAAUAUUUUAGAUCCAAAAUCUAUCUUCGUGGACAAUAAGAUUAACUUUAAUUCAGAGGUGUUUGAAUUAUAUGAUGGUGAGACAAAUGUUUGUUGGCAAAGUCAAUCUAAAACUCUUACAAUCACUGAGGAUAUCUCCGCACUACUUCGACUCCUUCAAAGAUUUGAAAAUGUGAGAGAGCUUCAACUAUAUUGCAGUCUAUAUAGUGACAUUAAGAGCCUAUGUGAUCUUCCAAAUCUUGAAAUUCUAGAAGUAGAUUAUUGUUGCAGAUUGAUGAGUUUAGUGCCAUUCUCAGGUUCUUUCCAGAAUCUUAAAGUUUUGAAGGUAAAUUCAUGUGACGAAUUAAUGAAGUUAAUUACACCUUCAAUGUCUAGAAGUUUGAUGCAACUGAGAGAACUGAGCGUAACAUUUUGUGGAAUGUUGAUUGAAAUAGUAGAAAAUGAAGGAGAUGCAACAAGAAGUACUGAGAUUGUUUUUAACAAUUUGAAUAAGUUGUCACUUGAAGGGUUAAAUAGUUUCACAAGUUUUUGCUCUGGGAAUUACUCCUUUAGUUUUCCAUCUUUGAAAGAGUUAAUUAUAGAAGAUUGCCCCAAUUUGGAGAUUUUUUGUCAAAGAAGCAUAUGCACACCAAAGUUAGACAAAGUCAUUUACAAGUUUGAAGAUGAGAAUGUGAGAGAGAUAGAGAUUGGGGAUAAUGACUUGAAUACAACUAUACAACAAGAAUACAGAAAAAAGUAUCGUCAGAAGUAGAAGAAGAGGACUGGAACCUGAUGACAAGCAUGGAAGAUGAAGAAGAAAGCAGCAAUGGAUGUCCUCCGAGGAAGAAGCUCCGUCUCUCCAAAGAAUAAUCUCGUCUUCUCAAAGGAAGUUUCAGGCAAAACCAUACCCCGUUAUAACUUCACCCUUUCUCUUUUUUUUCUUUCUUUCUUUAACUCAAACUCAAUUUUGUCUCUGUUUUUUUCCCGGAUAAUAGGGGAAAAGUUUCCUUCAAUGGUCACCGGUUGAAUGAGUUUGUUCCC